AUGCCCUCUCCGCCGCUAGCCGACUCCCAAGGCCUCGAUCCCGCCCACGGCGCGUCCACAAACGGCAACAGCAGUGAAGGUGCUGUCCAACCCGCAAACACCCCAACCAGCAUCAAUGGACCCGACGGCGCGUCCAACGAGAACAACGCGAUUCGAGACGGAAAGCAGAAGGCCAAGGCUGUCAUGGCGGCUUCUGGCUUGAACCUCGCCAGCGCGCAGGGCGACACGGCAUCGCCAGCGCAGCCCGAAGCCAUCAACGGCGCGUCGCCUAGUAGAAAGCGAUCGCGUUCGGGAACCCGCAAGUCUUCACGCACGCCUUCUCACGACGAUGGCACGAAACCUACAACCUCGCAGGCCCAUCUCCUCGACCGCCACAUUGCGCGCGACCUCCUCGACAGCGUAAACAAGUACGAGCGCAAUAAACAUUCCGAGAAGGUAUAUGGCGAGCUGAACGACCUGCGCCAUUUCUACCGCGACGAGGUAUACCCUGUCCGACGACAGAACCCCGGCGCCAUCUUUGGAUAUGGCUAUGCUGGCUACGGCAACGGCGUGACCGACAUACCACCCGAUCCCAGAGACCCGCGAGCCCUACCGCAAACGAAGCUGCUAUAUCCCGAACAUGCCAAGCGCGCCGGCCGUCGACUCGCGCCGCAACUCAAAGUUUCGAAAGAGAAGGGUUUGCAGCAAGCAGACCAGAUCGAAGAGCUUGUGCCUGUGCGUCUGGACAUCGAAUUAGACAGACUGAAACUACGCGACACUUUUACCUGGAACCUCCAUGACCGUGUUACCAACCCUGUGCUCUUCGCCCAGACCCUCGUCGAGGACUUCCAGAUACCACCCGAGCUGCGUCAGAACGUUAUGCAACAAAUCGAUCGCGAGAUCCACGAGCAGGUUCAAGACUACUACCCUCACGCUUUCUUCGAUGAUGAGCCUCUGGACCCCCAUCAGCCAUACUCGGCAUACAAGAAUGACGAGAUGCGGAUAUUGAUCAAAUUGAACAUUACCAUUGGCCAACACACUCUUGUGGACCAGUUCGAGUGGGAAAUCAACAAUCCUCUAAAUGCGCCCGAGGAAUUUGCAAGGCAGAUGGCUGCUGAUUUGUCACUGUCCGGAGAGUUCACUACCGCCAUUGCCCAUUCCAUAAGAGAGCAGUGUCAGAUGUUCACAAAGAGCCUGUACAUCACAGGCCAUCCCUUCGAUGGACGACCAGUUGAAGAUACCGAUAUUCAGGACAACUUCUUGGCCUCACCACUCCCCUCUGUAUUCCGCCCGAUGCAGUCUACAAAGGAUUACCAGCCGUACCUAUACGAACUAAGUAACGCUGACCUAGAACGAGCCGAACUAUCGAUUAUGCGCGAACAGCGGCGCCAGAAACGAUCUGUCAACAGACGUGGCGGCCCUGCCCUGCCAGACCUUAAAGACCGCCAACGGACAGUACGCACCUUGGUUGUUUCUUCAGUCCUACCUGGUGCUGCGGAAACCAUCGAGGACAGUCAGCUCUUCAAGGCUACACGCAAAAUUAGAGAGGGCCGCCGUCGUGGUGCUGAUGGAAGCUCAGACGAAUCGGACAGUGACGAAUCGGUAGUAGACUCUCCCGCACCUGCACAACUGACCGGAGGUACUGCGCGGACCCGGGGUAUGCGUGGAGCUGCCACUGCUGCUCAGGCUGCUAUGCGAUCCGCUAUUGGAAGAUCAGCAACCCCCGAAGUGUCCAACAUUCAACCCCAUCACGAGCCGCGGGCAUCCAGAUCACUACGAUAUGAGGCGCGGGAAGAGAGUGUAUCUGAGCCUACAACACUCAUAGUCAAACUCCGCAUAUCGCCCGCCAAACUUAGGGAAUUCCAGAGGAACCCAAGGGCUUUCGCAAAGCCCGCCUCGACUCCCAUGGUGGCCCCCUCGCAACCCCCAACACGAAGCACACCUACCGCAAACUCAAUGCCACCUCCACCAUCGCCAGCCAUACCUACUCGUUCAACCCCAACCGCAUCAGCUUCGGUAGAAGCUUCGCCGAAACCUCCGCCUACGCCCACACCAACGACCCAGAACAAGCAGUGGCAGUACAGGCCGGAUGGCUCACUUGAGGCACCUUGGCCAACGCCCGCCGUUUCUCAACAUCCUCCCACUCCUCCGUGGCUUCAACAAGCACUCCAGGAUCUACGUGAUCGGAAUCCCGGCGAGCUCUUCGAAUCUACUAUGCGUUAUGCAGUCAUGAAUGAGCGCUACGAGGACCCAAAGACGGGCGAUAUUGUGUCCCGACAAGUCAAGCUUGAUACGCUACAACCAAAUGCCCCCCUGCCAGCGAACCACAAAGCAUAUUUCUUGCCGCGAAUCCGGUGCAUAGACUGCCCGGGCAAAUUGUACAAUGCUGGACCCGAGCAAACAGUCAAUAAUUUCGAACUACAUCUGAAGAACCGCGUACAUAUGGAGAACGUGCGCAAACGGACUGGACAGCCUUUGUAG